GAAUACCUACUCGUACUUCAACAUGAAGUCCUUUAUCCUGCUAUGUGUUCAGAUCAUUCUAGCGCAGUCGAAGUUACAUCCCCAAGUUAUUACCGACUGGAACAAUUUGCAAAAGGAUUUUAUCGAAAGUUGUUCAAAAGAAGCAAAUCUGGAUCCCACGAUACCGCCAAGAAUUUUGGAAGAUUUGUAUAUGCCCGAUGAAGCCAAUUUUCAGUGCUACAUAAGGUGCGUUAUGAGAAAUAACAAAUUGAUUCUACCGGAUAAUAAUGUAAAUGCCAAGGAACUAGCGGAAGUUGUCCAUAUAACGCCAGAAACGGCCAUGAAAUGUAUAAAAUCUGCAGAAACUGAAACAGAUGUUUGUAGAAAACCAUACCUCGUUGGUAUAUGUUGCAUUGAGAGCAAAUUUGAGACUCAAAGUUGUAAUUCGUAGGUGUUUAGUUUGCUUUUAGCUAGGUAUAUGAACAUUUUUAGAAUGCCUGUACGCACUGUAACGAAGGAUCCGAAUUUUUAACCUGUUAUUAUAGAUUUUCACGAUGUUUAGCCCAGCCACAGAUAUACGUGUAUAUCUGUGGCCCAGCAUUAUGAUAUGCUCGUUUCGUGAACUUAUAUCUUUACGUCUAAUUUGUAAUCAUGAUCAGAUUUAAGAAUGGAGCA